CCCGCCAGCCAGGGAGAGUCUAAAGGGAAACCUCAACGGCGCACACCCCUGUGCCCGCACGAGUUACACUCCAAAUUACUAUCACAGUAAUUUGGGGGAGGGGGGCUUACCACUUCGAUUCCGAGUCACUCCUGUGACUCGCACCGCCCGGGUUACCUAUUUUAAUGUUGACGUGGAGCGUGUGACCAUACCUCCUUAGCGUUGUGAGCCUUUGGAAGUAUAGACCUGCUUGUCUGCGUUUCUUUGAACAAGCCCUUUGGCCCGCUCUGGGUGUCAGGAGCCCCAUCUGGAAAAUGAAGGAGAUAGUCUUGAACUUUAAAAUGGAAACUUAAUAGGAACACUGUGUGGGAGCACUUCAAUGAAUAGAUUUCUCAUCCAAGACAAAACGUGGGCACUCUUCUGCUUCACCACUUCCACUUACUGUGGAGAAGAGGGAUGGAAAGAUUCCUGGUGAAGCAGGCUCAAGGAGACCAAGCAGGAAAAGGGGAGCAGCAAGAACAAACCCAAGAAGAAUCAGUUACAUUGGGCAAAGACCCAGGAGGCCCAAGGAAGAGGCCCAGGAGAGACACCGCAGACAGGGCCAUCUGCGGGGCAGGCCCUCGCUGGCAGCACAUCCGGGCUGAGGGCCUGGACUGCGAUUACACAGUCCUGUUUGGCAGAGCUGAGGCAGAUGAGAUUUUCCAAGAGUUGGAGAAAGAAAUAGAAUAUUUUACAGGUACACUGGCCAGGGUCCUGGUAUUUGGGAAGUGGCACAACGUGCCAAGGAAGCAGGCGACAUAUGGUGAUGCUGGGCUGACCUACACGUUUUCAGGCCUUGUGCUAUCUCCAAAGCCCUGGAUUCCAGUGCUAGAGCGAGUGCGGGAUCGAGUCUUUGGAGUGACAGGACAGACCUUCAACUUCGUGCUUAUCAACAGGUAUAAAGAUGGCAGUGACCACAUUGGGGAACACCGAGACGAUGAAAGAGAGCUCGCCCCAGGAAGCCCCAUUGCUUCUGUCUCCUUUGGGGCCUGUAGGGACUUCUUCUUCAGGCAUAAGGAGUCCCGAGGAAAGAACCCCCGCCGGAAGGUGGAGGCUGUCAGGGUACAGCUGGCCCAUGGAAGCUUGCUGAUGAUGAACCCCCCUACCAACACUCACUGGUAUCACAGUCUUCCUGUCCGCAAGAAGGUCCUGGCUCCAAGGGUCAAUCUGACAUUUCGAAAAAUUUUACCUACUAAGAAAUAAAAAAUGUUUUUAACAAUUA